AUGGCACCAGAAGUCACUGUUGAGCACACCUAUGUUGGGUUCCAUCCCUGUUAUGAAAUACAUAAUGUUUCUUAUAGGAGGACAAGCACACCUUCCACAGUCUGUGUUUUAUUGUAUGUGUUCCUCGGCUCAUUGUCUGUUGUCACAAUAUGUGGAAACCUUCUUGUAAUAAUCUCCAUCAUUUACUUCAAACAGCUCCACACUCCUACAAACUCUCUCAUACUUUCCUUGGCAGUAGCUGACCUGCUUGUUGGGCUUGUAGUUUUUCCUUUCAACAUGGAAUUCUCUAUUAGUUCAUGUGUGUUCUCUGAAAAUGUGUUUUGCAAAGUACGAGAGAGCUUUGAUGUAACACUGUGUACAGCUUCCAUUUUUAAUUUGUGUUGUAUUUCUAUUGACAGAUAUUAUGCAGUGUGUCACCCUCUGACAUAUAGAACAAAGAUAAAUGUUCAUGUUGUUGUGAUCAUGAUCGUGGUGAGCUGGAGUGUUUCUCUUUUAGUUGCAAUUGGCCCUGAAGUUGCAGGAUUAAACCACGAAAGAUGUGAACAAAACUGUAUUAUUGAUGUUCUUCUUGCAUACAUCUUGGGAACCAACUUCUCAUUUUACCUCCCAGUGAUUUUGAUGCUCUGUAUCUACCUGAAGAUUUUCCUUGUUGCACAGAGACAGGUACGCAGCAUCCAGGGAACAAAGUCUGGAGCCACUGCCAGUAAGAUGGAGAGAAAAUCCACUAAAACUCUGGCAACUGUCAUGGGAGUGUUUCUGAUGUGCUGGACUCCUUUCUUUAUCUGUACCUCAACGUCACCUUAUGUCAACUUCACGUCACCCGGUCAUGUGACUGUAAUCCAAUCAAUCACGUCCUACCGAGCGAAAUUUGUAUCAGCUGCGGCGGAUCUCCUCUCAGAGUUGCGGGGAGAGCCGGUCAGCAGCUGUGUGCAGUUGCUGGACAGGGAAGAUGAAGGUAUGUCUGUGCAUUUGGACUUGAACGACACACUGGACGGCCUGCUAGAGAGACGGCUGGAGACUGACGACGCGGGAUCGGAGCCACUCGUCUCUUCACCUGCAGUCGGCGAGGGGGCAGAAGAGGCGGCUCAGGCAACGGACCCGGCGUCGGAGGCGAUCCAAGCAGCAGAUAUCAUGACGGGUGAACAGAGAGACAGCAAGGGACGAGCUGCGCGAGACAACGGGACACCGCGCCGAGGCAGAGAUUCCACAAGCAGCCGCUGUGCUUCCUUCACCUAA